AAGUCAGGAACUUUCUCUCAAAGGGCAAAGCAAAAUCUGAAAAACAAAAAAAGAAAAAGAACAAAAGCAAAAUGGACGCAGUUGACUCAGUUUUCGAUCCGCUAAGGGAGUUCGCUAAGGACAGUGUUCGUCUGGUGAAGAGAUGCCACAAGCCUGAUCGGAAAGAAUUUACGAAGGUGGCGUUCCGUACAGCGAUCGGAUUCGUGGUUAUGGGAUUCGUAGGGUUUUUCGUCAAGCUCAUUUUUAUUCCUAUUAACAACAUUAUUGUUGGAUCCGGUUAGAAGGGAACCAUGCUACUGACUCAAAGGAAGGAUGGGAAUUGGUACAAUUUUUUAGCACGGGGAGAAAAGAAAGAUCUGCAUGCUUUAGAUUGAGAGAUACAUCAUGUGAGUGCAUGGACUAAUUUCAUUUCAGACUUGGGUUUUCUUUAUAUUCUUUUUUGUUGAAAAUGGUUUAGAUGUUAAUGUUGUAAUAGAAUCUUGUUGAAGCUGGUACAAUCUUAAGACUUUUGGUCCAAUGAAUUAUAUGUUUCAUGCA